AUGUCUUCCGAAGCAGGUACCGAGCCCAGGGUCGAGGAGACCCAGCCUUUCGAGAUUCUCCAGACCACGGACGAGACUACCGCGACCGAGCCUACGACCACCGAUGCUGCCACCAGUGAGGUAGCCGUCACCGAGUCUGCCGUUGCUGAGCCUACUGCUGAAUCUACCGCCGAGCCCGCUGCUGGGUCGGAGGUUGCCGCGACCGAGCUUACCGCCGCCGGGAGCGAGCCCAAGGAGGAUGUGCCCGUCACCUCUUCUGCCGUCUUCUCCAUGUUCGGCGGUGGCGCCAAGAAGGAGAAAAAUCACGACGAGGACCGCGGUGACAACUCUGGCAGCGCAAAGGCUCAGCGCGAUGCCGCUAGGGCUGAGGGCGAGGACGUCGCUCCCGAGAGCGAGGACGUCCACUUUGAGCCUGUCAUCAAGCUGACGGAGAGGGUUGAGACCAAGACCAACGAGGAGUCCGAGGAGCAGCUCUUCAAGAUGCGCGCCAAACUCUUCCGCUUCAUCAAGGAGUCGAACGAGUGGAAGGAGCGUGGUACCGGCGACGUUCGUCUGCUCAAGCACAAGGAGAAUGGCCGCACGCGCCUGGUCAUGCGCCGUGACAAGACGCUCAAGGUCUGUGCCAACCAUUACAUUGUGCCCGACAUGAAGCUCGCUCCCAACGUGGGUUCUGACCGGUCCUGGGUCUGGAACGCCGCGGCCGACGUCAGCGAGGGCGAGCCUGAGGCGGUCACUCUGGCCAUCCGUUUCGCCAACUCUGACAAUGCCAACGAGUUCAAGGACGCGUUCCUCAAGGCGCAGAAGGAGAACGAGGAGCUGUUCAAGCAGGCCGAGGCUGAGGCCGCGGCUUAA